CCCGUUGAGAUUGAGAAGCAAAAAACCCAGCAAGUGAGAACACGCCCAAAUAUCCUAGAAAGGGAAGUUGGUACAUACGGUAUGAAUUCACUGCAACUUCAAGCUGCAGCAACCCUGAUUCAAGAGAUCCGCCAUAUUGGCCAAUGCCUCGUCCUGGGGCACGUCCGGGGUGAACUGCACUGGGCUCCAAUGCCGCGCACGUGAUGGCCUCCUCUCUGCAGGCUUGCAUUCACGCCGCUCUCUUGAGCCGGGCUUUGUCCCCGUCCUUUGCGCCCCGCCAGGGCCGUAGUCCACAUCUGUGUCCCCUCGAGUUGCAGGUGCCUGCUUCAACGCACGUCGUUAUUUGCGCCCAGUCCAAUCACUCUGCCGGGGCAAAAAGCACAGGGAAUAGAGCAGCGCCUGGUGGGAAGUUCCAGCGAUCAGCCGCGGCGAGGAAAGCAAAAGAAGGUGAAACUCCUUCCACCAGGGGCCAACCGCAACCGCCAAAGCCCGCUGCUGACAGUGCUCCCCACGAGUACCACCAUGAUGUGUCGCUCACUGUCCCAGCGCCUCUAAAGCAAGUGUGGGAGCUGUGGACAGACCUUGAGAGUGCUCCAAAAUGGAUGCCCUGGAUCACUGCAGUAGAGCUCUCCUCCGAUGAAGGGGCGCCAGCCCGGCCGGAGGCGGCGCAGCUGCGGGGCGGGGCGGCUCUGCACGCACGGCCACUGUCCAAGUGGAUCUGCAGCACGUCAGGCUUCCAGAUAGCCUGGACUGCGCGGGUGACUAAUGUGACGGAAGAACUGCAAGCGGUGGCACCCCACUGUGCACUCGAGUGGGCCACCACCGAGGGUCUACAGAGCAGCGGGCGUGUCACCUUCAUGCCAGCACAGCCAGGGGACGAUGGCAGGGACAGCACCAGCAUCGAACUCAAGAUUGUGCACACUCUCCCGCCGGCCCUGGCGCGCGUGAUGGACGGGAGCGCUCUGGGGGGGCUCAUCCGAGCAACGCUGCGGAGCGACCUCGAACGAUUUCAGCAGUACGUUAUCAAAAGCGCCUCGGGAGCAGCCACGGCCUCCAGACAUUCACAGCCCGCACAACAAGACCACGGUUAGCAAAGGUCCCAGUCUCUUAGCGUGUGAUGUCAUGAGCAAGAGUUUUUGUCAUGGACAUGUUGCCAGUCUGAACGGUCUAAACGGAUGUCGUGAAAAAGUGAUCUGCUGCUACACGCCAAAUGAGUCAUCCGCGCACACUUACACCACGCCAAGUCGAACGGGUGUGUUUAAACAUGUGCAAGUGGACUUUCGAGGUCUUCCACUGGACCUUGAUACCGAUGCAAUCCGACG